AAUCUCGCGAUCUUUGGGAAGUUCCGUUGGGGAAGAUGGCGGCGGCCGGGAGCACCCUUCUCUUCCUGCCGCCAGGGACUUCAGACUGAGCCUUCUCGGGAAGAGUGGGGACUGCAGGUGCCCCGCGUCCUGGGAGCCCCAGCCCACUUGAUCCCCCCGAUAGUCGUGGGGAAGAGCUGGUCCAGUUGUGUAGGACUCAGGCCUUCCCCACUGUCAGGAUGAAGGCUCAGGGGGAAACCGAGGAGUCGGAAAAGCUGAGUAAGAUGAGUUCUCUCUUGGAACGGCUCCAUGCAAAAUUUAACCAAAAUAGGCCUUGGAGUGAAACCAUUAAGCUUGUGCGUCAAGUCAUGGUGAGGAUUGUGGAGAAGAGGGUUGUGAUGAGUUCUGGAGGGCACCAACAUUUGGUCAGCUGUUUGGAGACACUGCAAAAAGCUCUCAAAGUAACAUCUUUACCCGCAAUGACUGAUCGUUUGGAGUCUAUAGCAAGACAAAAUGGACUGGGCUCUCAUCUCAGUGCCAGUGGCACUGAAUGUUACAUCACGUCAGAUAUGUUCUAUGUGGAAGUGCAGUUAGAUCCUGCAGGACAGCUUUGUGAUGUAAAAGUGGCUCACCAUGGGGAGAAUCCUAUGAGCUGUCCAGAGCUUGUACAGCAGCUAAGGGAAAAAAAUUUUGAUGAAUUUUCUAAGCACCUUAAGGGUCUUGUUAAUCUUUAUAACCUUCCAGGAGACAACAAACUGAAGACUAAAAUGUACUUGGCUCUCCAAUCCUUAGAACAGGAUCUAUCUAAAAUGGCAGUCAUGUAUUGGAAAGCAACCAACGCUGGUCCCUUAGAUAAGAUUCUUCAUGGAAGUGUUGGCUAUCUCACUCCAAGAAGUGGGGGUCAUUUAAUGAAUUUGAAGUACUAUGCCUCUCCUUCUGACCUGCUGGAUGAUAAGACUACAUCUCCCAUCAUUUUGCAUGAGAAUAAUGUUCCUCGAUCUUUGGGCAUGAAUGCAUCAGUGACAAUUGAAGGAACAUCUGCUAUGUAUAAACUCCCAAUUGCACCAUUAAUUAUGGGGUCACAUCCAGUUGAUAACAAAUGGACCCCAUCUUUUUCCUCAAUCACGAGUGCCAAUAGUGUUGAUCUUCCUGCGUGUUUCUUCUUGAAAUUUCCCCAGCCAAUCCCAGUAUCUAGAGCAUUUGUUCAGAAACUUCAGAAUUGCACAGGAAUUCCAUUGUUUGAAACUCCACCAACUUAUAUACCCCUCUAUGAACUGAUCACUCAGUUUGAGCUGUCAAAGGACCCUGACCCCAUACCUUUGAAACACAACAUGCGAUUUUAUGCUGCUCUUCCAGGUCAGCAGCACUGCUAUUUCCUUAACAAGGAUGCUCCUCUUCCAGAUGGCAGAAGUCUACAGGGAACGCUUGUUAGCAAAAUCACCUUUCAGCACCCUGGCCGGGUUCCUCUUAUCCUAAAUCUAAUCAGACACCAAGUGGCCUAUAAUACCCUAAUUGGAAGCUGUGUCAAAAGAACUAUUCUGAAAGAAGAUUCUCCUGGGCUCCUUCAAUUUGAAGUGUGUCCCCUCUCAGAGUCCCGCUUCAGUGUAUCUUUUCAACACCCUGUGAAUGACUCCCUGGUGUGUGUGGUAAUGGAUGUGCAGGACUCAACACAUGUGAGCUGUAAACUCUACAAGGGGCUGUCAGAUGCACUCAUCUGCACAGAUGACUUCAUUGCCAAAGUUGUUCAAAGAUGUAUGUCCAUCCCUGUGACGAUGAGGGCUAUUCGGAGGAAGGCUGAAACCAUUCAGGCCGACACCCCAGCACUGUCCCUCAUUGCAGAGACAGUUGAAGACAUGGUGAAAAAGAACCUGCCCCCGGCUAGCAGCCCAGGGUAUGGCAUGACCACAGGCAACAACCCAAUGAGUGGUACCACUACACCAACCAACACCUUUCCGGGGGGUCCCAUUACCACCUUGUUUAAUAUGAGCAUGAGCAUCAAAGAUCGGCAUGAGUCGGUGGGCCAUGGGGAGGACUUCAGCAAGGUGUCUCAGAACCCAAUUCUUACCAGUUUGUUGCAAAUCACAGGGAACGGGGGGUCUACCAUUGGCUCGAGUCCGACCCCUCCUCAUCACACGCCGCCACCUGUCUCUUCGAUGGCCGGCAACACCAAGAAUCACCCGAUGCUCAUGAACCUUCUUAAAGAUAAUCCUGCCCAGGAUUUUUCAACCCUUUAUGGAUGCAGCCCUUUAGAAAGGCAGAACUCCUCUUCCGGCUCACCCCGGAUGGAAAUGUGUUCGGGAAGCAACAAGACAAAGAAGAAGAAGUCAUCAAGAUUACUACCUGAAAAACCCAAGCACCAGACUGAAGAUGACUUUCAGAGGGAGCUAUUUUCAAUGGAUGUUGACUCUCAGAACCCUAUCUUUGAUGUCAAUAUGACAGCUGACACGCUGGAUACACCACACAUCACUCCAGCUCCAAGCCAGUGUAGUACUCCCCCAACAACUUACCCACAACCAGUACCUCACCCCCAACCCAGUAUUCAAAGGAUGGUCCGACUAUCCAGUUCAGACAGCAUUGGCCCCGAUGUAACUGAUAUCCUUUCAGACAUUGCAGAAGAAGCCUCUAAGCUUCCCAGCAGUAGUGACGAUUGCCCGCCCAUUGGCACCCCUGUUCGAGAUUCUUCAAGCUCUGGGCAUUCUCAGAGUGCCCUCUUUGACCCUGAUGUCUUUCAAGCCAAUAAUAAUGAAAAUCCAUACACUGAUCCAGCUGACCUUAUUGCAGAUGCUGCUGGAAGCCCCAGUAGUGACUCUCCUACCAAUCAUUUUUUUCCUGACGGAGUAGAUUUCAAUCCUGAUUUGUUGAAUAGCCAGAGCCAAAGUGGUUUUGGAGAAGAAUACUUUGAUGAAAGCAGCCAAAGUGGAGAUAAUGAUGAUUUCAAAGGAUUUACAUCUCAGGCACUAAAUACUUUGGGGGUACCAAUGCUCGGAGGUGAUAAUGGGGAGACUAAGUUUAAAGGCAAUAGCCAAGCUGACACAGUUGAUUUCAGUAUUAUAGCAGUGGCUGGUAAGGCUUUGGGUUCUGCAGAUCUUAUGGAGCAUCACAGUGGUAGCCAGAGUCCUUUAUUGACCACUGGAGACUUAGGGAAAGACAAGACUCAAAAGAGAGUAAAGGAAGGCAAUGGCGCCAGCAAUAGUCUGACAGGGCCAGGAUUAGAUAGCAAACCAGGAAAGCGCAGUCGGACCCCUUCUAAUGAUGGCAAAAGCAAAGAUAAGCCUCCAAAGCGGAAGAAGGCAGACACUGAGGGAAAGUCUCCGUCUCACAGUUCUAACCGACCUUUCACCCCACCUACCAGUACAGGUGGAUCCAAAUCUCCAGGCAGUUCAGGAAGAUCUCAGACUCCCCCAGGUGUUGCCACACCACCCAUUCCCAAAAUCACUAUUCAGAUUCCUAAGGGAACCGUGAUGGUGGGCAAGCCCUCUUCUCACAGUCAGUAUACCAGCAGUGGUUCUGUGUCUUCCUCAGGCAGUAAAAGCCACCAUAGCCAUUCUUCCUCCUCUUCCUCAUCUGCUUCCAACUCAGGCAAGAUGAAAAGCAGUAAAUCAGAAGGUUCAAGUUCCAAGUUAAGUAGCAGUAUAUAUUCUAGUCAAGGGUCUUCUGGGUCUAGCCAGUCCAAAAAUUCAUCCCAGUCUGGUGGGAAGCCCGGCUCCUCUCCCAUUACCAAGCAUGGGCUGAGCAGUGGCUCUAGUGGCACCAAGAUGAAACUUCAAGGAAAGCCAUCAUCACUUAUGAAUCCUUCUUUAAGUAAACCAAACAUAUCCCCUUCUCAUUCAAGGCCACCGGGAGGCUCUGAUAAGCUUGCCUCUCCAAUGAAGUCUGUUCCUGGGACUCCCCCAUCCUCUAAAGCCAAGUCCCCUAUCAGUUCAGGUUCUAGUGGUUCUCAUAUGUCUGGAACUGGUUCAAGCACUGGCAUGAAGUCUUCUUCAGGGUUAGGAUCCUCAGGCUCUUUGAAAACUCCCCCAUCAUCUAAUUCUUGUACAGCAUCUUCUUCUUCCUUUUCCUCAAGUGGCUCUUCCAUGUCAUCCUCUCAGAACCAGCAUGGGAGUUCCAAAGGGAAAUCUCCCAGCAGAAAUAAGAAGCCGUCCUUAACAGCUGUCAUAGAUAAACUGAAGCAUGGGGUUGUCACCAGUGGCCCUGGAGGUGAAGACCCAAUGGAUGGCCAGGUGGGGGUGAGCACAAAUUCUAGCCAUCCUAUGUCCUCCAAACAUAACAUGUCAGGAGGAGAGUUUCAGGGCAAGCGUGAGAAAAGUGAUAAAGAUAAAUCAAAGAUUUCCACUUCGGGGGGCUCAGUGGAUUCAUCUAAGAAGACUUCAGAGUCAAAAAAUGUGGGGAGCACAGGUGUGGCAAAAAUUAUCAUCAGCAAGCAUGAUGGGGGUUCCCCUAGCAUUAAAGCCAAAGUGACUUUGCAGAAACCUGGGGAAAGUAGUGGAGAAGGGCUCAGGCCUCAGAUGGCCUCUUCCAAAAAUUAUGGCUCUCCACUCAUCAGUGGUUCCACUCCAAAGCAUGAGCGUGGCUCUCCCAGCCAUAGUAAAUCACCAGCAUAUACCCCUCAGAAUCUGGAUAGUGAAAGUGAGUCAGGUUCCUCCAUAGCGGAGAAAUCUUAUCAGAACAGUCCCUGCUCAGAUGAUGGUAUCCGACCACUUCCAGAGUACAGCACAGAGAAGCAUAAGAAGCACAAAAAAGAAAAGAAGAAAGUAAAAGACAAAGACCGGGACCGGGACCGGGAUCGGGACAAAGAGCGAGACAAGAAAAAAUCUCACAGCAUCAAGCCAGAGAGUUGGUCUAAAUCACCCAUCUCUUCAGACCAGUCCUUGUCGAUGACAAGCAACACAAUCUUAUCUACCGAUAGGCCCUCAAGGCUCAGCCCUGACUUUAUGAUUGGGGAGGAAGAUGAUGACCUUAUGGAUGUGGCCCUGAUUGGCAAUUAGGAACCUUACUUUUUAAGACAAAAAAUAUGGCCAGAGCAAAACUAACAAAAGUUUAUAGGCAAACCACCAUCGGGGUGAGUCGGACAGGUGGUGUUUAAGAAUGUUAAAUGUCCUUGAUACUGAGCUGGGUGAAUUUAGAAAAGCAUAGCCAGACCCUACUAAAAGAGACCAUGGGUUUGAUUAUUAAAAAUCACUGUUCCUUUGCCAGAAAAAAAAAGUUAAAAUACUUGCUUAUAAAAGGGAGUGGGUGGGUGGGGAUUAGGAAAAGGGAAGGGCGGAAAACAGUUUUGUGGGAAAUAUUCAUAUAUAUUUUUUCUCCCUUUUUCCAUUUUUAGGCCAUGUUUUAAACCCAAUUUUAGUGCAUGUAUGUGAAGGGCUGGGCAGAAAGUGAAAAAGCAAUACAUCCCUUGAUGCAUUUGCAUGAAGGUGUUCACCUUUGGGUAGUUGUCCAUUAGAGAUAUGGGCAAAUGAAGGACUAUGGUUACUUUGGACACUUAAGUAAUGUUUUGUGUCUGUUUCUUAGGAGUAUUUUGGGGGAGGGAAGGUAAUUUUAGCUAUUUAUUUGUAAUAUUUUAACCCUUUAUCUGUUUUUAUACAGUAUUCCUUUCUAAUUCUAUGAGGUUCAGGGUUCAAAAUGAUAGGAGGUAGAGAAGAGCAAGGCUUAUUUGGUUGUAGGGAGCUUGUAGCUUUGCUGGUACUGUAGCAUGAAGCCCAAGCAAAUUAGAGCCCAUCUUUGAAGUUGAGAAAAACCAAAAUGGUAUUUUUUGUUUUAGGAGGUUUUUCUUGGGAUUCAGGCAUCAUAGGAAUAUUAGGAGUUACCUCCCUGUGGAUGUAUUGAUUUAUAGUCUCUCCUUUACAAAAAAAGCUGGGCUGGCUUUUUGGGUUGUAAACAUGUUUUCAGAUGCAGUAAGGUUUAAUGUGGGACAGCUUCCCUGACCCAGUGGCAUGAAAACCAUUGCAGAAUUAAUAGUUCUCCUAUUUCCACAAUGUGCCAAAAGUCUACACCCCAGCAUUUUGUUUGUAGGAGAACAGAUGCCAUUCCUGAGAGCUGGGCUCCUUUCUCACAAGGAGUCCAGACUUGAAUCACUCAUGCUCCCUUAGAUAAAACAGUAAAAAAAAUGUGCAGCCAUAGUUCACUUAAAACAAUUUCAAGCUCACUUGAAGUAAGGGAGCCUGGAAUGCUAGGUGGGCAUGAAGAUAAACCCUUGCUACUGUGUAGCAACACAAUUGGACCUUUUUGGAGGAAUAGGUCUGAGUCUGGAUUCUGGGGGACAUCAAUAAGAAGCCCUUCUCAUAAAUAUAAAAAUCCAGGAGACCAUUUGAGUGCAACACAAGUUCUCAGUAUUUGGAGGGUCCUCUCAAAAUUCUGCGGCCUUACUUUGAUUUUUGACACCUGCACUGUGCCAUUCCUGAUGAUUCCAUUCAGGACCUGUAUCAGCAGGACGGGGCAUGGUCCCCAGCACAACUCUUCUGGAUUAAAAAAAGAAAAGCCAGGUGAUUUAUUUAUGUAUGUGUGUGAUAAAUGGAGUGACUUCAUCAGAUAUUGAAGAAGAUUUCUAUAUUCAGCUCUUUCUGCAGGUUGGAGUUAGCAUAGAGUUGGAAAAUCAGCUUUGGCUUCUUUCCUGACUGUCUCUGAUUUCCUCUAGUGUUCUCCCUUUUCUGGUCAUCAGCUCUCAACAACUCUGCCACUUUUGUGUCCCAAGGUAAUAAGAAGUAGGAAACGAAACAUUGCAAAGUGGAGCAAGAAAAGUUAUCCGUUACCGUAUCAGUCAAAUGUCUUGGGUGACACUAAGGAGGACAUGGGCAAGGUGAUACCAGAGUGCUUUAUCUUGUGAUGCUGAUACAGUAGCAGCCUCUCAGACAUACAACCAGGUUGGAUUUCUCACAAGUUUCUCACCUAGUUUUGAAUCCUGUCCCAUUGGUUUCUGCAGGAAAACAAAAAAGUUAUAUGGUAUUUUUGUUCUGGGUGGGGAAGAUCUUAUGGGGAA